UAUUCUGUGGCUGGUAAAAAUAUUUCCUUCAUUCAAUCGUUGUGUGUAAUAUUAUUUUUGUUGCUAAAUAGUCUCAGUUUCUUUAAAUUUUUAUUUGUUCUGCUUACUUUUCUUCUUCCAAACAUUCAAUUAAACAUAUAACGAAAUAAUUCAAGAUUUGAAAACGAUUAAGUUUUAUUCGUCAUCAAGUGUGUAACCAUUUUAUCACAAUCAAAGUGCUAUAAAAAUUCUUUGAAGUGCAAUGUGGCGUAGGUAGUUAAUUGUUUGUACCGCGUGUGAAAUGUCACAACAUGGAUACCCUGAAAGACUAUCGAAUACAUCGAAGGGCUUCCAGGAAGAUGUGUCCAGCCAACAGACCAUGGAAGUCUUGGUGGAAACCCUCACUGGGACAGCGUUCGAAAUCACUGUCUCACCUUCCGACACUAUUUUCGAUAUAAAGUCGAAAAUAUAUAGAGUAGAAGGUAUCCCAGUAGCGCAACAGCACCUAGUGUACAACCUCCGCGAGCUGGAAGACGCGCGUUCCCUCCGCGAGCAGUCCGUGUGCGAUGGGGCGAAGCUCCGCCUGGUGCUCGGGCUGCGUGGUGGGCCGGUGGCCACGCGACGCCUGCCGCCGCCCGAGCCCUGGCAUGAUAUUGAGCGGCUGCUUGCUUCUAAAAGCGGCGAAUGCGAGAGCAGCUCAGGCAGCGGGUGCAAGGUGACGGUGGUUGUGUUCCGCGAGGGGGAGCGCGUGAACAUGCUGCGCGUACGGGAGAACAAGGACGGCACAUACUCGCCCAUCGAUAGCAAUAAGUGUGAGUACUCAUCGUCCCUCAGUCACCUAGUGGAGUGCGACACGGACGAGUGUGUCAUCGGAGCCUCCAGAGCCCCGGGGCCGAGCACCAGCGGAGCCCCCGGAGCCCCUGGAGCACCCGGAGCCACUGGGGGGCAGGAGAACGCGGUCACAAUGGCGAAGAUGAUGCAGCUGAGGCAGAGGAUGCACUCACUCACCACUAGGACGCCUGUUGGCAAACGAGAUAUACAAAAGACUAGAAGCGAAGAAAUUUUAUCCGUCCCUAGUUUACUAGACGAUACCGAGUACCGCGCGUUCAGCCCGGCCGAGGACUCGUACCCCUAUUCUCACGGACUCGAGUACUCACGAGGUUUAGAGUACUCACGAGGCCUCGAGUACUCACGAGGCCUUGAGUACUCCCGAGGCCUCGAGUACUCGCGAGGCCUCGAGUGCGCGAGAGGGUUGGAGUGCUCGUUGGGAGAGAGAUACGCUUUGCUCCCGCCCAGUGCGGGUUCGGAGCCCGAUUUGCCUGAUGCGGAUGACAGGCUGAAGCUAUCGGACGCGCUGUCGGGCCCGAUACUGGUGAAGCGCAACAGCGGCGCGGGCGAGCCGCCCGAGCGCGACACGCACCUCGCCUUGCGCGCUGACGCGGGUCCGCUAGUAGUUGGCGAGAGUGGCUGGCGAGGCCGAGGCUUUGGCUCUAGUUCCCAACUGGCCGGUGGAAGUCUUGCUGGCUCAUUAGCCGGAGGACUGACUGGCUCGUUAGCUGGAGGACUGACUGGCUCACUGGCCGGUGGACUGGCCGGUAGUCUGGCCCCAGGGGCUGUGGGUUCGUCGUCAGCGUUGCACGUGCGGAGCGCCCGCCACGCGGCCAGGGCUUCGCCCCCGCUGUCUGAUGCGCUCUUCUCUUCGUCCACGUCGGAUUUGGAGCAUUUGAAGAGAAAUAGAAUCCUGCCAGCCCUAAGCCGACACCGUAACCGCGAACACUUACACCUGAGCGACGAGCGCCUGGAUACCGACCAACCCCCAACUAUCCAACCCCCACAACCCACACAGCCCUCACAACCCCCACGGAACAAGGAAGUCGGCAGCGAGCGACGACAGCGGCGCAUAGACAAGAUCACGGAACUGGAACAGAAGGAACAGAGAGAACAGCGUGAACAGAAAGAACAGAAGGAACAGCGGGAACAGAAGGAGGAGAAGAAGAAGAUAAAGAUUCGGUGCGCGUUCUGCAAGAAGCGGUUGAGUAUAGCGACGGUGCACACGUGUAGGUGUGGAGUCGAAUUUUGUGCGCCGCAUAGAUAUGCAGAGGUGCACGGGUGUGCGUAUGAUUAUAAGGCGGGAGCCCACCUGUACCUGCAGCGCGCGAACCCGCUCGUAAGCGCGCCGAAGCUGCCCAAGAUAUGAGUGAUAAUAAAGUGUGCAGUGCGGUUGUGUAGUGAUAGUGUUAGUGAUAGUGCAGACCCACUCAGUGUAAAACCACCGCUGUGAGGUGGUUACGUCCUUCAAAUUUCUUUUCAAGUGCCUGUCGAGAUGAGUUUUGGAACGAAAUGUAUGUAUCUUUUGACUAAUUUAAUGAUUGAUUUAAUUGUAUCAAAAUUUUUUUUUGUGUUUGGAAUUUUAAGAUUUUUUUUACACUUUCCCCCUUCAAAACCAGUGUACAACCGCACUCGUAUGUAUGGACGGAUAUGUCAUAACGUGAAGUGUCUUAUUGCUAACGGUUACUAACUAUACAUAUAUCCAUUGUUUGUUUAUAUUAGCUGUAACGUCACUGGGGAGUUUUUCCGACUACAUGUAUACACUGUUGCCUAAUGAUAAGGUUGACUCGGAAUUGUUCAAUUCACCAAUUGAUUUUGAUUUGGGUAUUUUAAACCAAUUUUUGAGUGAAAUAAACGAUGUUUAAAUAUUGAUGUAGCAUGCUUGCCGUUAAUGACAUGUUAGUGACUGCUGUUUAAACAUUGGUUAUUUUGUUGACGAAUGUUGUAAAAUAUCACGUGGUUUUAUCCAUAUCUCUAAUUUGUUGGUGAAGUGUAGCUAUGUUACUAUGAUCCAAAUAUGCUGUAACCACACUUAAAACAUGUUAACUAAAGAACUCAGUGUUUGAAGAUUUAUAAGCCCAGUUAUAAUUUGUUUAAUAUUAAAGUUUAUUAAAAAUAUCCUAAAACAAAUAAAGAUUAAUGACAAAACAUGUUUCAGUGCGGGUUGCAAUGUGUUUGUACGUUUGGAGACUAUAAUAAGCCCUGCUUGCAAAUAAUUAUAUUCUAUAUUGUACAAUAAUUUUCAGAAUUAUAAAUACUUUGAAAAACUCCUGCGCGACCCGGGGCGUAUCCCCAUUUUUCGUAUUCUUAGUUGCUUGUACUAAUUGGUGGGAAAGGAAAAAGUGGGGGGGAGACACUCGCUCGAUUUUAUUUGUAAAAUUACAGCGAGGCGGGGCACCUAAUGAAUGUGAUAUAUAACUAAAUUAAGUUUAAAAUGUUAUAUAAUGCCAUUUGUGUGUUUGUUUUCGUAAUUAAAUAUAAUUAAUGAAAAAAAAAAUUAUCAAAAAAAUAUAUAAAUAUUAAUAAAUAUAAAUAAAUACUCCGGUUAUGACCUUAGUUGAGGUGCUUUGUGCUAGUUUGUACGGUUUCUAUAUUUUUCCGUUGUAUAUUGUAAUGCAUAGAUUAAUGCUUUAUUUUCUGUGGUCGGUGUGAUUAUGUACAAUGUGCGCGAGACGCGACGCGACGAAGAGUUUUGUUGUCGUCGCUCGCGUGUCGCCGGCCUAAUAUUCACUCUGAUGUUGAUUUGGAAUACCUCGUGGGUAUUUCUGUAGAAGUUUUGAUACUUCUGUUAUAAAAUUGUCUAUUAUUCAACAUUGUAUGUCGUCUACAUCGAGUAUUGUGCUCUAAGUGGUGUUAAUUUAAUAUUGUAGCAACGAUUUUGUACAGUUUUUUGACCAAAAUAUAAAGAAUUUUCGAAUUAAAUCACAAUUCUGUGCAAUUUUUAUUUUGCUUUUUUGUUGUUAAUGUUUGAAAUAGUUUGCAUUAGUUCAAUUUUUAUCGUUAAUUUUGUCUGAUUGAAAUACAAUUAAAUAGUUCUGUAGCAAUAUGUGUAUGGCAAAGAAUUAAAACCUAUUAACUUAGGAAACUUAUAUUUGAGGCUAACAUAGUAAUGACCACUAAAACUCUUCAAGAUUUUUUAAUUUCUUUUGGUGCACAAAAAUAUGAGCAGUCAAAAAACGUUUUAAAUUUGUACUAUAAUAUUUAAAAUAUAUCUAGUAUUAUAUAUAAUGUCCUCAUACUCGCAGGUUACAUUGCUGCUGGCAGUAAUUUAUUAUAUUUAUGUAAUUAUUGUGAUUAUAAAAAUAUCUAAAAUUAUAAUAUGUAUUAUAUGAAAAAACAAUUGUUACUAGCACUUACCAUUUAGAGCAAAUAAACCACGUUUUCGUACUAGACUGUAUAUUUAAGUUUAUAGAAUCAUUUUAUUUGGGAGAAUAAUUUUGGCUGAUUUUGAAAUAAAAUAUUUAUAAUGCGAAAGCGA